AUGGGAGAGUCUAGCCAAAAUUUCAGUCAUUUGAAUUUUUUCUCAUCGAAUUCAACUAAUAGGUAUGAUGAAAUUCAAAAUGCAGUGAAUUAUUGUACACAAAUUGUAAAUAAUAAUGUUAUGGGUGAUGAACGAGUUGGUGAGUUGCUCAAUGAUGAACCUUCCGAGCAUGAAUUAACAGACAGUGAUGAUAUGUAUGACGACGAUGAUGAUAAUGUGGAUAAUGCACCUAAUGCAUCCGUUGAAGAUCAAAGUAUUAAUUAUCAUUCUACAGCGAUUCCAUACUUAGAUCACACUGACGAAAAUGCAGAAGAUUUUAUCUACACGAGAGAUGACGGUUCCAUUCGAACGACACUUUGGAAUUCAAACAAUCCUAAACAUAUCCAAUCAGGUUCGAUUGUUGAAAACUAA